AUGAGUGUCGAUGACGUCAUGGUUAUGACAACAGGUGUUUCUCUUAAUACAUCGCGAUCUUCUUCACAAACAAUUCUUCUGACGGUAUUCGACAGUUCUACAGGACAAACAUUAGGAGAGUGUUCGGAAACAUCAGAAGAAGAUCGUGGUCCCGUCUGUAUUCGUGAUCUACGAGUACAAGAUGAACGUCCUACUGGAUGUCCUCCUCACUUAAUCAGUAACUCAUUCAAAUCCCAGUUUCUGAACUGUAGCUGUCCAUUUAAUGUGGACAAUAACGAAUCUGUGUCCAAGGUUCCACAGUUUCCAACACUUGAGUUGGUUGGGACGGAACGGAGUUCUCAAGCACCAGCUCUAUCGUUACCGAUCAUCAGCUCCUGUGAUAAUUUCGUAUGCCUGAACAACGGAACUUGUGUUAUCAAUCAGAAGGGAUCGGCGGCUUGUCUUUGUCAGAGUGGUUUUACUGGAACUGCUUGUGAAGUGGACCUAUGCUCGGAAUCACUCUGUCAAAACGGUGGUAACUGUCGGACAAAUGGAGGACAAGUCUACUGCGAGUGUCCACCUGCCCUUACUGGUGUUGUGUGCGAAUCGGUAAUAACAGCAUGCGAUCCUCCAUGUAUGAAUGGCAAAUGUAUUAGGGAGAACGGAACGACCCAUUGUGACUGCGACUAUGGAUUCAUUGGCGUACUAUGCAAUGUAGUAGAUGUUUGCCUCAAGGAUGCAGUUUGUGACAUGUUUGGUCGGCAUGCAAAAUGCGUUGUGGAUGAGUCCAACUUCAUUCCAACAUCUUCAAUGCUCUAUAACGCGACAUACAAAUGCCGAUGUCUACAUCCGUUCAAUCGAGGAUUUGUUGAUUGUCUCACUCUGGACCUUUCCACACCAGCGUUCGAGUCUAUCUCGAAUGGUUCCCCUUCUGGAACGAUGUCGACCGCUGGAAUGGUGGGUAUAACGUCAUCGUCGCCAAAUACUGACACCACUAUUUCGCAGCAUGAAAUAAAUGAUUUCGCUGAACGAAAAUGA